GAUGUUGGCAGUACUGGUAGCGUUGCUGGCUUCCUUGGCGAUAUAUUUGUAUUGGAAGAACCGGAAUUUGCCACCUGGACCUUGGGGAUUGCCGAUAUUGGGCUACCUCACCUGGUUAGAUCCCCUCAAUCCCUAUGUAACGCUGACGAAGCUAUCGAAAAAGUACGGCAGCGUUUACAGCCUGAGCCUGGGCAACGUAUUCACGGUGGUUCUAACGGAUCCCAAAAUCCUGAAGAGCUUAUUUGCAAAGGAUUCGACCACUGGAAGGGCGCCUUUGUACCUAACGCACGGGAUUAUGAGGGGUUAUGGCUUGAUUUGCGCGGAAGGCGAUUUGUGGAAGGAGCACAGGAAGUUCACGCAUAAUUGUCUUCGACAAUUCGGCGCUACCAAGAUAGGACCGCAGAGGAAAAAAAUGGAGGCUCUUAUUUUGGAGCAUUGCUUCGAUUUGACUAAUUAUUUGAAAAAAAUUGAUGGGAAAACUGCGGUGGAUAUUCUGCCGGGGCUUCGUCACAGUUUGGGAUCAGCGGUGAACCAAUUGGUGUUUGGUAAGUCCUGGGAAAGGGACGAUGAGACUUGGUUGUGGUUGCAGCAUUUACAGGAAGAAGGACCGAAGUAUUUAGGAGUAGCCGGUCCUUUGAAUUUUCUACCGUUUUUUAGAUUUCUACCCAAAUACAAAAAAAUAAUCGAUUUCAUACUAACUGGUAUAACUAAUACGCAUAAGGAAUACAGUAAAAUAAUAAAGGAACAAUCCAUACAACAAGUUGAUGACUCUAACAUAAUCCAAGCAUUCCUUACGGAAAAACGGAAAAAACCUCCUCUUGUUGCCGAAAAAUUAUACAACGACACUCAACUCCAUUUUCUACUGGGUGAUUUAUUUGGAGCUAGUUUGGAUACAACAUUAACAACCCUUAGAUGGUACUUUCUAUACCUAUCGAAAUAUCCAUCAAUCCAAUCCGAAAUCCGAGAAGAAUUAGAAGCAGUUUUAGAAGGUAGAUCGCCUACGAUGGACGAUCUGGACGCUCUUCCUCUAACAGAAGCAUCGAUAUUGGAGUGCAUGAGAAUCAGACCUGUUGUACCCGUUGGGAUACCCCAUGGUGCUCUAGAAGACAUCGAAGUUCUCGGUUAUAAAAUACCGAAAGGCUCCAUGAUCGUGCCUUUGCAAUGGGCCAUGCAUAUGGACGAAACCGUGUGGAAGCGACCCGACCAAUUCGAUCCCAGAAGGUUCAUAAACGAAGACGGCAAGAUCGAAAAACCGGAGCAUUUCGUGCCGUUUCAAGUCGGUAAAAGGAUGUGUGUGGGGCACGAAUUGGCGACGAUGUUCGUUUUCCUCUUCGCUGUUACUUUGCUGCAAAAUUUCUCUUUCACUAUCGCUGAUAAAAACGUCGAUUUAUGGGGCGAAUGCGGCAUCACGCUCACUCCUAAACACCACAAAUUCCUUCUAAAAGAACUGUAG